UCAUGUUCAACAGAAUCACGACACGACUUCACCACAACUUCCUACGUGAGCCACAAGAUUCAUUCAACUUCUCCACUUUUCCAUGUCGGACUCAACCAAUUCAUUUCUUCUUUCUUACUCUCCAAUCCACAUCUCACGUGUCAUCUCUUCCUUCCUUCUUUCCUUCACACUCACACUCACACAUUUCACUCACAACUCUUCAAUCUACACUUCUUCUCAUCAAUUUUGUCACCAACAACCUUACAAGGAACAACCUAAGUCCUAAAAAAAAAUGAAAAAGGAUCAAGAUUCAGUUGGAAGUAGAGUUUGUUUGAAUUCUGGAUCACAUUCUGUUGCACAUGUUCAACUCAGCAAUCAGUUGUCUUGGGCUAAUGACUAUGCUCUUAAGGUAAGGAAACCAUAUACUAUAACAAAGCAAAGAGAAAAAUGGACAGAUGAAGAACACAAGAAGUUCCUUGAAGCCUUAAAGCUGUAUGGCCGCGCCUGGCGACGCAUUGAAGAACAUGUUGGUACAAAGACUGCGGUCCAGAUUCGAAGUCAUGCUCAGAAGUUUUUCUCUAAGGUUCUUCGCGACAAAAGCGAGUGCAUUACAAACACUAUGGAGUCUAUUAAAAUUCCUCCUCCAAGACCGAAACGUAAGCCUAUGCAUCCUUACCCUCGUAAGCAGGCUGAGACGGCUGGUAGUAAAGAAAUUUCAGUCCCGGAAAAGGUAAUAAAUUCUAAUUCUCUAAAGGCAUCAGAUUUUGAUCAAGAAAACCAAUCGCCGAAAUCAGUAUUGCAUACACCCGGUUGCGAAAGCCUUGGUUCGUCGGAUUCAGAUACACCAAAUGGAAGUUUGUCUCCGAGAUCUUCGAUUAGCUGUGUCGGUACAAGUGUUUUCACGCAUGCUGAAUUCAAAACACAAACAGAGGAAGAAGCUGGACUAUAUGCUGAUUCACCUCCUGAUGAGAAACCUCUUAUGAAACCUGAGAUUCUCCUCAAUGAAAGUGUUUCUGCAAAAGAAAGCAUAGCAGAAGAAUCGUCUCUUCGAAGUCUUAAACUUUUUGGGAUGACUCUGUUUGUAACAGAUACUUCUUCUCCAACAAUUGAGGCAUGCAAGCCAAUACCUCUUGUCAAACACGUAAGCAAGGGUGAACAAAAAUCGGAUCGCCUUGGCAAUGCUUCACUAUGUGAAACAUCAGCCAUAUCUCAGUUAAGAGUGAGAAUGAGACGCGAAACAUGCGGAAAAGGGUUUGUGCCUUAUAAAAGGUGCAUGUCAAAGAAGGAAAACCAGUCUUCAUCUGCAGCAGCUGAUGAAAGAUAACAGAAACACAUCCACCUUCGGUUGUAUAGUUUUCCCUCGUCUGUUUGGCAACUCUUGAUAUCAGUGAUACUGCAAGUUAGGGGCGAAGCUCCAACUUGUUGCUUCUGGAAAAACCAUGAUGAAGACGCGAGAAAUAGAUAUUCAACGCGCGUUCUAACAUAUUCUAAAAAAUUUGAUAUUUCUGUCUCGUUGCGAAUUACUCAACAUUUUGCUGUUCAAAUCCCCAAAGCUUCCUUUUGUAAUUUUUCACACUUUCAGCUGUGAAUCAUCUUACAACUCUAUAUGGUCAGUAAAAGUAAUUAGAAAUCUGCAUAAUUGUUUAGCUUACUGAGAGUUCUUGUUCAUAGGUUCUCAUAUUUACCAUGCUGAAAUUACUAAAAAAAAGAAGGCCUCUUUAAUGGAUCUACUAAUAAUGUUAUGAUAUUAGUACUUGCAAUAAAAUUAUCCCAAUUAUUUAACAAUAAAAGUGUAUUACAUGAAUACAUUAGUAGUAAUUUAACAAUAAAAGAGUAUUACAUGAAUACAUUAGUAGUAAGUUGGUAGAAAAACUCACAAGAUGGUUAACGUUAGCAUUUUGCAUGAAUACAUUAUUAGUAAGUCGGUAGAAAAACUCACAAGAUGGUUAAUGUUAGAAUUUUUCAGCGAGUUAGAACUAGAUUAGAAUCAGAGUUAUUAAUCCCGGAUAGCGGAGCGCAGCGGCCGACCUCAAAAAUGAAAAUAGCGGGAUUCCGGAUAGCAGGAUAUUUUUUUGUUGACUUUUUAGAAUUGACUAUUAUUUAGACUAAAUAUAUAAAUAAUUUAUAAAAAAUAACUCUUUUACAAAAAUUAAAUUAAUAAAAUUAUGAUAAUGGAUAAAAAAAACUUAACUAUUUAUUCUUAAAUGAAUGUACAAAUAUUGUUAACCAUUGUUAACUUUACAACACUACACAACUGCACAACUAUAGCAAAAAAAAGGUUAAAUUAUCAAAU